UCCCGCCGGCAGAUGGGAUUUCACGAGUUUGGAGCGUUUCUUCCUCAGUGAGAAGAAAGUUGAUCCGAGUGAAGAAGGAAAAACCAGGCAGCGACCCGGACCGACGGGAUCCAGAGAGGACCAAGUCCGAGUUCAACAAUGGAGCCCUCACCACCCAGAGCUGCCCAGAAAAAGGACAAAAUGGACAGUAGCGGUUUCUGCGACCUCCCAAAGAAACCCUCCCCCUCCGAGACCAGAGCCCCCCAACACCUUUUCCCUGCUUUCCACACGCCGAUCCCGAUCGACAUGCGCCACCACGAGGGACGAUACCACUACGAGCCGCACGCCCUGCACGCCAUGCACAGCCCUGCAGGCCUGACCGGGAGCCCCGUCAUCUCCGAUAUCUCCCUGAUCCGCCUGUCACCCGCCGCCGUGGCAACCAGCGACUCUCCCUUCAGCCCUCCUCACCCCUACGUCAACCCUCACAUGGAGCACUACCUGCGCUCGGUGCAUGGCAGCCCCACCCUGUCCAUGAUUUCAGCCGCCAGAGGACUGAGCCCUGCGGAACUGGCCCACGAGCAUUUGAAAGACCGCGGACUGUUUGGACUUCCCCCGCCUCCUCCUCCUCCUCCUGGAGCCAGUCCGGCUGAGUACUACCACCUGAUGGCCAGCCAUCGGAGCCCCUACAGCGAGCUGCUCAUGCAGGGGGCUGGGGCCAACGUCGGGGCCCACCUAUCCGACUACAUCACUCCCAUUGAUGUGUCGCGGUUUUCCAGCCCCAGACUGACGCCCAGGCUCAGCAGGAAGCGGGCGCUGUCCAUCUCGCCCCUGUCUGACGCCAGCAUCGACCUCCAGACCAUGAUCCGCACCUCACCCAACUCCCUGGUAGCAUACAUCAACAACUCGCGCUCUAGCUCAGCUGCCAGCAGCUCCUACGGACACCUGUCUAUUGGAGGACUCAGCCCGUCCUUCCCCUUCCCUCAUCCCAUCAACCCCGUGGCCUACCAGCAGUUCCUCUCACAGCAGCGAGGGCUCAGCGCGUUCGGACACACGCCACCUCUCAUCCAGCCUCCAUCAACCUUCUCCAGCCGUCAGACGGGCCUCAGCAUCUCCUCGCUGCCCACCUCCACCCACAACAGCGACCUAACAUCCAAGAGCCAUGGAGGCGACUUGGCCAUCAGCAGCUCAGUUGACCCCGCCACCAACAAGCGGUCGAAGGUGAAGGCAGAAGCAGAGGGGCCGAGGCUGCCGUCUCCACGUUUACCGGGCCAUCAGGGCAGCUUGUUGGACCUGAAGGACGACAUGGAUCGAGACGAGUGCAAACAGGAAGUCGAGGCCGUCUACGAGACCAACUGUCACUGGGAGGGCUGCAGCAAAGAGUACGACACCCAGGACCAACUGGUGCACCACAUCAAUAAUGACCACAUCCACGGAGAGAAGAAGGAGUUCGUGUGCCGCUGGGAGGACUGUUCGCGGGAGCAGAAGCCCUUCAAAGCUCAGUACAUGCUGGUGGUUCACAUGCGCCGCCACACGGGAGAGAAACCACACAAGUGCACGUUUGAGGGCUGCUCCAAGGCCUACUCUCGUCUGGAGAACCUGAAAACUCAUCUGCGUUCGCACACCGGAGAGAAACCGUACGUCUGCGAGCAUGAAGGAUGCAACAAAGCCUUCUCCAACGCCUCGGACCGGGCCAAACACCAGAACCGGACACACUCCAACGAGAAACCGUACAUAUGUAAAAUCCCCGGAUGCACCAAGCGUUACACAGACCCCAGCUCUCUCAGGAAGCACGUUAAGACCGUCCAUGGCCCAGAGGCCCACGUCACCAAGAAGCAGCGCAGCGACCUGCCACCCCGGCCGCCAGCGCCUCGGGAGAACGGUGAGAAUGAGAUGGGAAGCCAGGAGAGACUCCAGAGGGAGGACAAGAUGUCAGACAACGGCUCCCCCAGAGGUGUGGAGAACUACCUGCACAUGAAGUCCAUCAAGAAGGAAAACUCUGUGAUGCAUCAGUCCAGCCCUGGCGGUCAGUCAUCAUGUAGCGGCGAACCAUCACCACUUGGCACCAACAAUGACAGUGGAGUAGAGACGGCGGCAUACAGUGGGGGGAGUCUGGGGGACCUCAGCGCCCUGGACGACCUGUCGUUCAUGGAGUCCAUGGGAAUUGAGGAUUCCUCCGGUGGGGUCUCAGCAGUGGGCCUACACCUCAGAAAGCAGCUCAGCACCAGCCAGCGCCUGGAGCGUCUCAAGAAGGAGAAACUGAAGACAGUUAGGGACUCCUGUCUGUGGGCCAACAACCCAACACCCCCAGUCCUCGGCACCAAGCUUCCACCCAUACUGACAAGUGGGUCCCUCCUGGAGAGUCCAAGCAUGGGUGGUGGUCCAGCUUCCUUCCAUGGUGCCAAUUUGGGUGAACUGAGCUCUGGCAAAAUGACUCUGCUGGGAAACCUUUCAGAGCGACGUGAUAGCACCUCCAGCACCUUGAGCUCAGUCUACACCCUCAGCCGCCGCUCUUCAGGCGUCUCCCAUUGUUUCUCUAGUCGGCGAUCCAGCCAGACCUCUCAGUUCGGUGCCAACCGCCCCAGCAACGUCAGCUCUGCCGACUCCUACGACCCCAUCUCUGCUGACAUGUCUCGACGCUCCAGCCAGGUCAGUCAGUGUGGGGGAGGCAGCGGGGGAGCAGAAGGAGGUCUUCCCAGCCCCCUCAGCCUUACUCCAGCCCAGCACUACCAUCUUAAGGCAAAAUAUGCUGCUGCCACUGGAGGUGCACCACCUACACCUCUUCCAUACAUGGACCAAAUGUGUCUGAAGUCCCACACAGCCCCGUACGAAGAUUCCCAAAGCUCAAACACUAACAGAACCCUGCUUUCUAGGAAAUACAGUACCGCACGAAGCCUGAUGCCCAAUGAAGUCCCGUCUAACAUCCCCCGUCGAGCCAGUGACCCUGUGAGACAGUUGGAUCCUUUCAGCCAGUUGCACAUGCAGCGCUACAACAGCAUGUGUACGCUGACAGGAGGGUCAGAUAUGCAGCCCCAUCCGCCUCCAGGUGCAGGUCGCCGACAUUCAACCCAGCAAAGCUGCCUACGACUGGAGGGUAGUCCCCGUCACUCCCCAUACAGUCUACAAACUCCCAGCAUUUCGGAGAAUGUCACCAUAGAGACAAGAAUUAAUGACAAUGGAGAUGCAACAAAUCAGCAAGAUUUCCCAGGAGCUCCUAACGUCCAGCAGCAGGUGUACUACCAGAGGAAGAUGGCUGCUUCAAGUCCAGGGCAGCACCAGCAGAUGAGUCCAUCUUCACCACGACACAUCGCUGCUGGUGUGCAGUGGAACCAAGCCACCUCCAACCUUACAGAUGCUAAUCGGUACUCCAAAGUUCAGGUCCGAGGCAACCUGGCCAUCCUCCAGCAAAACCAAAACGUUUCAUCUUUCAAUCUGAGCUCCAACCGGCAGAUAGUUCAAAACCUCACCUACACAGAGCAGAAGAGAUGCAGACAGCUGAGCUCGGAACCAGGAGCAAAGUGCUUUCAGCCACCGUUCAAUCUCAACAACAUCCUCAGCACUCCAUUCAGGAAUGAAUGCUUCAUUUUUUACGAUAAGAACGGUAACACUGCUCAUUCCCCAGGCGGGAGCUCCUCUGCAGGGAGCAUGCUCAGCUGCAAACAAGAACCUCUCGACAUGGAUUUUGGAUUUCAGCCUGUGCAGGUAAAAGUUGAGAACUGCGAUGCAUCAAUUGUGCUUUCAGAUCAGCAGAACUGUAAUAUGACCUCCAGGAGUCAGAGACCAGCAACAGAACCUGAACCUCUGAACUUUUCAUGCCCUAAGCUGAUGCAGCAAACUGACACUUCCAAGUUAUCCAGCGGUGGAGUUUUAGCUCUGCAUUGCCGCCCUGAUGACAACACUCUGUACUACACAGGGCAGAUUCAACUUCUUGAGCCCAAUGGAAGCUUGGGCUGUCACGUGAACAUACCUCCGUUAGAAAAUAACUCAGUAGCUCCCAACUUCAACAACAACCAGACGGUAAAAGCCUCCGACCUGGAGCAUGCUCAGAUUGACUUUGAUAGCAUGCUGGACGAUGGAGAUCACUCCAGCCUCAUGUCGGGAACCCUGAGUCCGAGUCUGCUCCAGAGUUUGUCCCCGAGUUCCUCCCGCCUGACCACACCUAGGAACUCGGUCACGUUGCCCUCAGUGUCGGCGGGGAUGGGGAACAUGGCCGUCGGGGACAUGAGCUCACUGCUGACGGCUCUGGUGGACGAAAACAAGUUCCUGAACUUGAUGUCUUAGUUACUAGAAAUCCAUUUUACAUUGACAUAUUGCAGCUGGACUCCUUAUCCUGUACAGUCAUGUUUAAUUAUUUCAGAGGGCAGUUUUCUAUCUUUUUGAUAAGCCAUGUAUUUUUUGUUUUUUUGCCUUAAGUAAAGAGUACAAUGUAAACAACAGGAACCGGACUGCAGUAAGAUCAUUUUACUAAGUGCCUGCUUCUGUCAAAUGGUUACAGUUAUGAGUGUGUACUGGGAAUGUAGCAUCUGUACAUGUUUCUGCUACAGGAAAACAUUCUUCCUCCAUCUUCUCUGCAUUUCUACCAAAUUCCUGUCAGCUGUUGUUUGAUUGCAUUGAGAUAACUGCUCUUCCUUCUGUUCUUUGAACAGAAAGCAGAGCAGAAGGCAUUCUGAAAACUAAUCAUCUGAGUCCAGCUUCUUGCUUUUGUACAUUGUUGUACUAGUUGGUUAAAUGUAAAUAACAUUUGUACAUUUUUUAAAAAAUAUAGUAUUGAUGGAUUCCUUUAGUAAAAGCUGCUCU